CGUCAGAUUUUGUAAGGUUACGUCCAUGUUAUGCCACAGAAGUUCACAUUUUCGGCAUACUUCACAAAAUUUAAUAUUAAAUAGUUAAACAAUAAAGAAUUAAACUAUCAACGUGGACAGUCGUCAACCUAUCAAAAAAUGUUCAAUUUUACUAGAGCAAUAGUCAGACAUACAAAAAACAACAUAGGGAAAUACACCCUUACAAGACUUAACAACUACUCGUCAGCGCCGGUUUCCGCUGAACUAAAGCCUCCGAUUAAUGAGGCUCAACCCAGCAUUGUGAAGACAAAAAUCAUCCGCAGUUCUAAUAGUAUUGUAGCUGCUGCAUUUGCAUCUCUUACAAAUGAAAAUCCACCUGUCAGUGAGAUAAAAACGCCGUUUACGGACGAUCGCAUUGAUAAUGAAAGUAUUGACGAGCUAUUGUCGAUUUCCGCAGAUGGCGCCGGAAUAUCCAGGCGACAUGCCUUGAAAGUUGUGUCCAUUUUAGCCACAUGGUCAUCAACUGGCAAAGUGAAGUUGAUUGACUUUGAAUCUGAUGCUAGGUUCAUCCGGCUGUGUAAGGUGCUCACCAAGAAUGCUAGUUACAAGAAGGCACCAGCAAUUACUAAUAGGAAUGAAGAUUUGUCUAUGAUUAUGAAUGUGGCUGCUGAUGAUGAGGCUGCAAAGUUGGUUGCCUCUAUUACUCUGCCACAAAUGGUUAAAGUGAUGCAAACAUUAGCAGUGAAAAAACGUCGUUCAACGAUGCUGCUGCGUUCAUUAUCAUUCAACAUAACAAAAAAUCCUAGUAAACUGGACCUGAAACAAUCCGCCGAUUUAUUGUACAGCAUGUGCAUAUUGAAUUUCCCAGAUCAAAAUCUGCUGGAAAAAAUCUCCACGGAUAUCCUCCAAGGAUUCAGCGCAGGCGUCAAAAAGAGUUCGGUGAUUGGUUCAAUCAUUACAAGUUUAGGCAUAUUGAAAUACAAAGACACAAGUGGAAUGUUAGAUGCACUUUGCAGUUGGAUGUUGGAUAAUCAUGCGACUUGUCGUUCACAAGACCUUUUCGCGUUGUUUUUGACACUUGGCGUACUUAAUUAUCAACCCACAAACGCCGAAUCACUCUUUGAAAAAGUCCAGCCACAGUUGUCACAAGCAGAAGCAUCGAAACCGAACAUUUGGCUUGAUUACGUGUGGUCGCUGGUUGUGUUGAAUCGAGCAAACAAAGAACACAUAGACAGUGUACUGCAAAAAGAUUUCAUAGAGAAGUGCGAUAGCAUUCCGGGGAGAAUUAAAUUGUUGCAUGUGAAUGCCGCUAGUAAGGGCGAUAAGUUACCAGCUGACAGUGACAUCUUUUCGACAGUUAUCACACGAACAAAAGAAAAGGAAGAGAUGGUUAACUCUGUGUUAGACACGUUGAAAAACCUGAUGAAGAGUGAGACUUACAUUAAGAGUAAUGUCGAUAACAAUAUGGGCUUUUUUAUUGACGCGGAAUGUAUAAUCGACAAAAAGUGCUUACCGGUCGCAAGUGAUAAAUAUUCAGCAGAAGCUGGUCAUGUUAAAGUGGCGAUAAUGGUGCAAGAUUAUCACGAUAUGUGCAGAGGACGAGUGGAACCAAUCGGUACGGUUGUGCUCCAACAUCGUCUCCUCGAACAACUCGGUUACAAAGUCAUCCAAGUCCCGUACUUUGAAUACCGCGUCCGUGAUAAACUCAUCCAUCGAGUGCAACUCAUUGAAUCGAAGCUGAAGGCGAUAGUGGCGCCAUCAACGUAACUAGCCCAUUCUCGUAGUUUUGCAACGAGGUAACAGAACUCCAAACAAUUGUUGCUAUACCGCUAUAUAUGUACAAACACUAUUUAAGUUACCGAAGUUAAGACCAGAGACGUAAGAGAGGUGAGUCUAUGUAGUUAAAUUUUGUUAAGAAAAUGAAGAUGUGCGAUGGAGAAAAAAAACUGAAGUAUGUAUGCAACUUAAAAUACUUACACGAUCGGUUUAUAAUUUAAAAGCAAA